GAUGAAUCUACUAGUCUUAGUAUUUACGCUGGUUACUUGAAGCUUAUGUUACAGCAAAAACAUAUAUCAGUACGUUUAAGUCAUAGUGACAAAACUAAACUACUUCGGAUUGUAACGGAAAUGUCUAGGGGCGAACAAGAGAGUUUGAAACAACAAGCAAGUAAAUUGUUAGAACAAUUGCAAAUUUUACCGUUCCGAAAGAUUAAGUUUUCUUCAAAGUUGUUCUAUGACCAAGAUGACCUGGCUUUGGUGAAAAAGCUUAAGCAAAAAUUUGGGCACAACGCCAUUUUAAUUAUGGGUAAUUGGUCUGCCCCGAAUGUAAAAUUUCAAGAAUCAACAAGAAAUAAGGGACUCAUAAACAUGCUAAAAAAGAAUGACUUCAAGGUUUAUCUUGUCGAUGAAUUUCGUACCUCAAGUUUCUGUCCCAAUUGUGAAAACAGACUAGAGAAGUUUAAGCUCAUUGAUAAUCCAAGACCAUUUCAGCGCGAAAAAAUGCCUACUGUAUUCUGCCAUGGUUUACUUUGUUUGUUUGUAGUUGCGAACAUAUACAUUGCUUAAAUGAACACGAAGAUAAAAGAAGAAUAUGGAAUCGAGAUCUGGCGGCAACACUAAACUUUAAAGAGAUAUGGACAAGCCUUAGACAUAAUGGCAAGAGACAUCUUUCGCUUUCACGUCCAAAACAACAACAACAAUUAUGAUUAUCCGCUUUCGCUAUUUCAUGCAGGUAAAUAUUGCUCUGAGCUUACUUGAAAAUAUUGGUGAGCCAAUCGUUUUUCAGUUUUCCACCAAUCAUGC